AUAGGUAGGUAUUUAGUAAAAAAAAAUACCUAGGUACUUCUAGGUAGGUACCUACCUAUAUAUUUUCAGGGUUUAUAAAAUAUUGCUUAUUUUACUGAAAUUCAGCAUGAGUUCCAAUAAGAAUAUAACCCAAAAACUACCAGAUGGGUGGGUGCUCUGUUCUUCAAAGUCGAAUCCAGGGCGGAAAUACUAUUUCAAUAGGAAAACCGGAAAAUCUUCUUGGUCAGAACCGCAGGCUGAUGAUAAAAGUGGACAAAGCAAAGAAAAGAGUAAAAGGGAGAAAGCGAAGAAAAAUGAGAAGCUAAAAAAGAUAGAAGCCCAAAGAAAGGCUACCAAAAGAAAGAGUGACAGUCAAGAAGGUAGUUCUGCUAAGAAGAAAAAUAAAACAGACCAUCCAUCACCAGAAAAACGGGUCAGACCCAGUCCAAGCAAGCACAAUGUUGUACCAAAAGCCAGCAAAACAAGCCCAAAAAAAGGUAGCCCACCACAAAAAACACCUUCAAAGAACAUUGCCAACAGCAGACUUACACAACUACGUGCUAGACUGAGUGCUGAAAUAGAGAAGAAUGUAAGUGUCACUGAAAAUUCACCUACUAAACACAAAGUCAGCCCAAAAAUCAAUGAAACACCUCCAAAAAUAAGUAAACUUGAAACAAAAAGCCCUCAGUUAAAUGACACUAAAUGUUCCACGACAAAUCAGUCUCCUAGUAGUGACAGUAUACAGUCCAUCCCUUCACCGUCACAAUUUUUUGCGGCAAACAAAAUAAUAUCAUCCAUGAAAGCACAGUUGCCAGAGAAAUAUUGUGACAAAACAAAACAGAAAGACACGUUUGCAGACAUAGAAGAAGGUAUUUGCAACCAAACAGCUGAAUAUCCGUUUAUGAAGCAUCCAGCCACUCCACCUCAGUUUUCUGAGGCGAGUAAGCUAGUUUCAGCAAUCAAAUCAAAACUGUCAUAUAAAGGAGUGAGUAAAGAAGGGAAUUUGGAGACAUUUCGGAGUGCACAGGAUAGAAUGAAUGCAAUGAGAUCUAGGUUCAGUAAUGAGACUGCUACAUCAGAGGAUGAUGCUGUGGUUAAUGUUGCCACAUGUAAUGAUGAUGUGGAAGCUAUGGAUGUGGACUGUAAAGAGAUCUCGCAAAAUGUACCUGUGGUACCUGUACAACACACAAAUGAGAAAGUAAAUUUUUGCCGAGACAAUAAGGAUGACUUAGUUUUAGUGGUUGAUACAAAUGUGUUUAUUCACGAGCUGGAUAGCAUCAAAAAUGUUCUCAAUUCACAUAUAGAAGGUUACAAAGAACAACCAACGCUCUUAGUACCGUGGAGAGUGAUCAGUGAACUGGACAGGCUGAAGGACAAUAAUAAUGGUAACGGAGUGCUCUGUAAAAGAGCUAAAUCCGCUAUGGACUACUUGUACAAGUCACUGCCCGAAAAUAGCAGGAUAAAGGGCCAGUCCCUGAGGGACUCCAAUUCGCACAUCUACCCGUGCGAGGUUCCAGACGAUGAGAUACUCAACUGCUGUCUGCAGCAAGCUGAGAGAGGAAAGUCGGUGAUACUAGUGUCAAACGACAAGAACCUGUGCAACAAGGCGGUGAUAAACUCGGUGAAGUGCAUGAGCACGUGCGAGCUGCGGCCGGCGCGCGCGCACGCGCGCUGCUGCCGCGACGCGCUGCGCCGCCUGCUCGCCGCCAUGCUCGAGAAUGAAAUGCGGGCGAAGUACAACAAUCUGUGGCAACACAUUUUAUUCAAGGCUCCGCCUUGGACGUUGGAUGAUGUGUUGCAAUGUUUGCUCAAACAUUGGAUAGCCGUAUUCAACGAAGUAUUUCCCAGGGUAGUCGAGCAUUUGAUCACGGAUCUAAGAAACAGUUUACUGGCUAUAGAGAGUAAAGAUCCAAAAUCCGUUUCACAAGCGGAAGUGGCAAAUUUCCAAGAGCUAUGCUUGGAGAUCGCGAAGAAAUGCCAGAUUAUACCAGAAUACAUGGAAUUGGCUAAACUGACAGUAGAGCGCAUAGAGAAAAAGGAGGCGGCUGAGGAGGACACGGCCGCUGUUGAUGCCUUUGAGGCGCUUUGGAGGAUAUUCUCAAGAUAUUGCGAUGCUCUGUCAAAAGCAUUAGGAAUUCCACACAAUAUUCAAGUGGAAUCAGAUGUGCCCAGUAAUGAAACACUGGAAGCGUUACUCGAGAGAUUCAGCGAGUUCACGCAUCAUAUACGGAUUCUCACUGAAUCAAUACAGGGAGUGUUAUCAGAUUCAUCAGGGCCGCUUGACCACCGAGUGUCCAGACUGUGUGUCGCGAUAUCUGACAGUCUCCUGCUGUUGGGUGUCAGCUCUAAGCCUUCCGUCGACUGUAUACAGACAUUUUGCGAUACUAGCAGCAAUAUGCUGGAAGAAGCCCACACGAAGUUCGCUCAACUGGUCGACCUACUCGAUUCGUGCCAACGCAGCAUUCAAGGUAACUAAUCACUAUGUCUUUAUCUUGUACAGUCGCCGACACAAGUGUUACCCAACUAAAAUCUUUUUACAAUCGUCGAGAAAUGUGUCUUAUCGAAACCAAAGUAACAAGGUAACAUUGACGGGCGAUUUUCGUCUUUUUGGCUCGUAUACAAAUUAUAUGAGAAGCACAAUGUGCUGUUUGAAGUAAAUUGAACAUAUUAAUAAAGUCGGUGCACAAUGACUGCGUAAAACGUAUGCGCAUUUUUUGGCACUGUGCGUUUAUGCCAGCCACGAUUUCAUACGAAAAACGCGCACGCGUUACGCUGUCGAUCUGUAACCGCCUUAUAUUGCCUAAAUUAUUAGGCAAUACUGCCUGCUGUGUUCUUCAGUAUUGCCUAAUAAUAUAUACUAGUGUAACACUUUUAUUGCUGCUAUUAGAAAUGCGUGAAAUAAAUUAAAUCUGGCACAGUCAACAGUACAUCAAAUUACCCUGCAUGAACUUCUAUGGCGCGGCAACAGCGGCGAGUUUGCAAUGAAUUUGGGUAGGUGGUGCUGUUGACUGUACAAGUACAAUCGUCUUCACAAAUGCUUGUGAUUAAGGCGUAGAUUGUCACUUUCGCAAAAUACCAUGACAUUCGACAUUUGUAAUUUCAGUAAAUAUAUAUCUGUUUCUCUGUUAGUUCGACGUCCAUAAUAAUCAAUGUGUGUUUAGUAUAUGUAAGUAAUAUAGAUGAGGAUAUUUUACAAGUGAAGAACAAUAAGAUGUUUUACAAGAAAGUGACAUUCCUCGCCACUGUCAUUUGAGAUGGGUACAACUAUGUACAGGUGACUGCAUGUCAAGGUACUUUGUAUGGAACUCUAUGCUUCGGUAAUAGGACCGAAUUUGCUUUAAAUUUGGGCAAGUUGAUUCGUUGUUGACUGUAACUCAUUAAAUAAAUGUAAAGUAUUUUCAUGGUAAAACUUUCGUUGUUUUACCUUUGUGAGUUUGGUUCUAUUUUGUUUCUUUAGUGGCGCGGUUGUCAUUCGUUAGUACAGUCACCAACAAAAACAUGUCCAAUUUAAUCUUUUUUAAUGUCUAAUUCGACACGUCUUUUCGUAAUCUUAAGUCCACAAAGUUAAAUUGCCUCAACGCAGCUUUACUGCUCCAUCGUUUUGUUUAUGUAUUGGUUUGACAUUGAUAUACAGUAAAAAUACUGCUUUGAUCCGUUGCGGCGACUUAACAGAACGCAUUGCGACGGAACAGUGACGCCACGCUCUAUGUCUUAAUUAAAUUUGGUUUAGUUCAGAUGUAAUUUUAUAUUUAUUGCAAAUAAAAUUAUCUUUAUCUUUUUUUUAUAUGCCUUUAUUAUUUAUUUAGAGUGCAAUAAAAUUAUAUUAACACUUGUGACGGCGACUGUCCCUUUAACUAGUCCAAUAAUAUGUCUGUACAAAUAUUGUACCAAUUUAGAAAAUUAUAAAAAAAAAAUGUAUAUCUCUCGAUUUUGUAACGAAGUUCCUUUCAUAUUUGGUUUAAACAUUGUGCUGUUAAAAGGUCACAUUGGUUUGUUUAAGUCAGUUUUUAUAGUAAUUUUCUUCUUUUCUAUUCUUUAUGGCCAGUUCACAACUUUUCAUUUCUUGGAUAUAUGAAAUUUGUUACUGAUUUUUCCAAAUGCGAUAUGAAUUAUUGACCAGGGUAUAGAUUUUAAUUUUUUUUUUCGUUGCGGUAAAUAAAAGCUCUCAUACAAACUACGCAAUAUUCUUGCAAUCGCGUCGGCAUUUGUCCGAAUUCGUUAAUAGCGUAUAGCCUAUAUGAAACAUUCUAAAAAACUUUGUGAUUCAGAUUUAUAUACAACCUAUAAUAUACAUAAGGAUCUUGUAUAUUUUUUGCAUGUCAUGUUUUUUUGUUUAAGUGUAGUACAAUUUAAAAUAUGGAUAACUCUCACUGUCGAUUGUACUCGUCUUCAAAACGAUCUCCUAAUUCAAUUGAAACUAUCGCCUACUCCGCGAAUGACGUAAAAAUGACUUAGGUAAUUAUACUUUUGUAUUUCACUGUACAUUAUUGUUUUUAAUAUUGUUGUAGUGUGAAAGGAGCUUCAAUGUCUUUCAAGACUGACUAAUUAUUAUGUUUUGACGCUGUUGCGUCUUUAAACAACUUGUAAACUAAUGUUUUGUUCUAUCCCAACUGAAUGUAUAAAUAUCUGACUGUUUUAUUGUGGACCGAGGCCAGAUGAGUCAUAUAUAUUUGUGUAAAAGAAUGUAUGAAUCAUUUCUGUCUGAAACAUGUAUUAAGUACUAGGUAAUACUAUGUUUUGCGGUUGGAAUAUAGCAUGAAAAUACAUUAUUUGUUCACGAAUUGAGGGUAAACAAAACAAAAAAAAAAGGGAAUACAGAAAAUUAACAAUAUAUCUUAAACUAAAUAAUAAUAUAAGUUUCAAAAUUCAAAAAAGAAUCUAUUGAAUUUGAACGAAUAUCUUCGCAAAUAGAGCGGUCUUUGUUCAACAGCUACCUUAAAUAUCACGUUUAUGGUGUAGAUUUCUUAAUAAAAGUUACAAAAUUGUAGUCGGGUUGAUUUUAUAUUUGUAAUUUUGUUUCGACUUUCCAAAUAACUUUAAAACUUCGUAUUACCAAAUACAAAUAGUAUAAAUUAUUACAAUAAUCUUAAAUAUAUUUAUUUAAUCUAGAGUAUACAUACAUGUUUUUUUACAAUUUUCUGACCUUGUCACGUACCAUAACUUCAUCGGAUAAGAUCAACGACUGAGACCUCGGUUCCUUUUCUUCAUUGAUCUCUAUUCACUAUUCUUUUCAGUUAUAUUUAUCACCUGCAUUAUAGUUUCGAAUAUGAAUUAUUCAAUAUACCAUAUUUGAAUAAAAUAUACGCUGUGUCAUUGUGUGGCACAAUAUUUUAUUGUGAGGCGAGCGUGUAGGAUUUUUUGUUUUAAAUUUCAUUGAAAUUAAUUUUAAUGCACAAAAACUAACUAACUCCAACUCACCUAAAAUUAAAUUCUUUGUUUAGUGUAGCAUAAUUUGUCAAUUUGUUAUUUAUUUCGCUCGUGUCAUAGACUAUAUGUCUAGUGACAUUUGAAGCAUAUAAAUAUUUAAUCUGUAAGGCCUCGGUCUGCGCAUUAUCAUAUAAGCGUUUAUCUAUUUGUAUAUAGAGAGUUACGGGUAUAUGUGUUUGUAAAUAAUUGUAUACACGCUAGAUAUGUAUCUAAAAUGAGCUCGAAAUGGGGGACGUCGUUGUAAAGAUUGUAUGUAAAAUGAUUGUAUUUUGAAAGUGGCGGAAAAUCUUUUUGUACAAAGAUUUUCUUGAGUUCUGAUGGAUUUUCGAAAGAGUUAGUAGAGUAGUUUAAAAAUUAUCAUAUUUGUAAACAGUUGCAAAGGUAAUAUACAUAUAUAUGUAUACAUGUAUAUGUGAUAUUGGUUAUGUAUGUGUUACAGUUCUUUAUAACGAUUGUCCUUUGCCAAGUACUUUUAUGAACGUUACGUUCGUAGCAAAAUAUUUUGAUUCGAAUUCUAAAUUCAACAAAUGCUACAUACGACAUAAUACGGAACAGGCAUUAUUUUCAUAUAAACUUACACCCGCCAUUAUGAUCAUGAUCAUCCCUGUUCAAACAUGAUCUAAUCAUCAUGUUUGAACAGGGAUCUUUAACUAUAUGCCUAACAAAUUUUAUCCAAUCGGUCCAAUUGUUUGGUCGUGAAAGCGGAACAGACAGACAGACUUUCGCAUUUAUAAUAUUAUUAUUAGAUUACCUAGAUCCAAAUAGUUUUGCUACGAAUCUAAAUAUUUUCAAAUCAAUGUAACAUUUCCGUUAUAUAAUAUGAAAUAUAUAAUGUUAUAAGUAAAAGUAAAACUUUUCGGGCGUUUUCGCUGCCCAUUUAAACAUAUUUUCUUCUUCUAUUUGUUUAAGUUUAAUUUUAAACAAAAAAAAAAGCGUUUCACGAAACAUGUAUUUUUUAACGUCCGAAUACUCAAGACCAUUUAAGCAAAAAUGUUCCAUUCCGUCGUUGUCAUCAUAGAAAUCGGAAUAUAUUCCGUCUUUGUCUCUCUACAUCUACACGAGAGAGAAAAACGUUUUUGCUUUUUUAUUAUUAUUUUAGUAUAAUGUGUUAUUUUCCAGGGUUUCAACAAUCUUUAACAAAAAAUGACAUGUUAGGCCGCCUUUAUUCUAGUGAGUUAUUACGUAAGUUAUUUGUAUGAAAAAUUACACUGAGCUACUCGGAAAGAGUGUUGUUUACAUUACCGAAAAUUAAAGUAAAACUUAGGUAACAAUUAGUGUAAAGGCGGCCUAAGAGUAAAAUACAAUUUUUUUGACAUUUAAGUAUUAGCCUCCAAAUUCAUUCAAACAAAUUGAUCUCUUGGAUGAUUGAACUGUCGAACACAAUUUCGCUAAUAUAUUUUCGUCUUAUUACAAUUAGUCUUUGUAUUACGAUUUGUUCUUUUAGGAUAAACAGGAUUAAAAUAUAUGAAAUAAAAAAUAAUAAAAAUUUCUAUAUGUUCAUAGGGUAUCCAUCCGGUGUAAUGAUUCUUGACUGCUGACCUUGUAGCAAUGUGGUGUUUACAUAUUUCCUAUCUGUCAAUACAUAUAUAGUCCUAAAAUAUUUCCUUAUGUGUUAACUGUCAAUAAAUGUUAAUUAUUUUUA